AUGGCUUCUUCAUCUCCAGAUACCGAGUCGCCAUAUACAGUUGGUGCGAUCGCAGGCCUGCGCACAGGACAAUCAUGGAUCACCAACUCCGGUAUCAUAAAACUCAACUUUAUGCUUGCUAUCUUCCAGAUUUCGAGUUAUGCGACUGGAUAUGAUGGAUCUAUGAUGAAUGGCCUCCAGUCACUCACCACCUGGCAAAAUUCUUUCAACAAUCCCGGAGCUUCUGAGCUUGGCCUUUUGAACGCUAUCCAGAAUGUUGGCCAACUGAUCACCAUGCCAAUCUGCGCCUUUAGCUGCGACAAAUUUGGGCGCCGUCCGGUGCUUUUAGCUGGCGCCUUUGUUCUGAUGAUAGGUGUCGCAUUACAAGCGGCGGCACAGAAUGUCGGCAUGUUCAUCGCAGCUCGUGGCAUCAUUGGUAUGGGCCUUGUCCUCAACAUCACCGCUGCCCCGCUUCUCCUCUUGGAGUUGGCUUUUCCUCGACAGCAAGGUCCACAGGUGGCUAUAUAUAACAGCCUGUGGAAUCUGGGCGCGCUUGCCGCCGCAUGGAUUACUUAUGGCACAUUCCGCAUUGAAAGCACUUGGGCAUGGCGAAUCCCGUCCCUCCUGCAGGGUCUCUCCAGUGUGAUCCAAAUCGGCCUCUGCCUUCUCAUUGAGGAAUCACCACGAUGGCUCAUCAGCAAGGAACGCGACGAGGAGGCUAGGAAGCUGAUAUGCAAAUAUCACGCCAACGGGGAUGACUCUGAUUUACUCGUCACCCUCGAAAUGGAAGAAAUCCGCACUGCGCUUCAACUCGAGCAUGAAGCCAGACAAAAUACCUCCUAUCUGACCUUCUUCCAGAGCAAAGGCAAUAUCAGGCGCUUUUUCAUUAUUCUGUCCGUGGGAUUCUUCUCUCAGUGGAGCGGGAACGGUCUUAUCUCUUACUAUCUCACUCUUAUUCUCGACUCGAUUGGUUAUACAGCGGAAAGCACUCAGACACUCAUCAAUGCGCUCCUCACGCUUUGGUCUAUGAUUUGGAGUCUUGUAUUCGCUGCUCUGAUGAACAAAUUCGGUCGGCGAACUCUCUUCCUCAUCUCCACUGGAGGGAUACUGGCAGUCUACAUCGUCUGGACGGCACUCGAAGCUAUUUACGAAAACAAGACGGCGCUUGAUGGAACAGGAGGUGAUGGCUACGCAAAAGGUGUUCUGGCUAUGAUAUUCCUGUACAACUUCUUUUUCUCCAUCGGCUGGACACCUCUGCAGGUAACCUACUGCAUUGAGAUUUUACCCUUCAACCUACGUGCCCGGGGCCUCGUUCUUUACAAUCUCUUUGUCGCACUGGCCGGAAUUUUCAACCAGUACGUUAACCCUAUCGGCGUCACCAACAGCAAAUGGAAGUUCUACAUUACCUAUGACGUUUGGCUAGCUUUCGAGCUUGUGGUGGUUUAUUUCCUUUUCGUGGAGACCGGCAAUCUAAGCUUGGAGGAGACUGCCGUUAUUUUGGAUGGAGAGGAACAUGGAGAUACGUUGGCUGGAGUCACGGCAUCUAUAGUGGAGAAGAAACUCGGUGAACAUGAGAAGGACCGGGCAGUGGUUGAGAGUAAAGUGGUCACCAAGACUUUAUGA